CUAUCAUCCCAAAACCGAUAUGCCUUGCUUUUGUGCUUAUAAAUAGUGAUUCCAUGUUGCACAAUUUCAUCCAUACUCAAAGCUAAAGUACGCAUUUGCAUACUAAUUAAACAACUUCGAAUCACGUUUACUUGAGAGAUAGACUUAGGGCGAAGAUGGCGACUUUGGAAGAAGGAGCGUUGAUUAACUGUCACUCCGUCGAGUUAUGGCAACAACUCUUUGAAAACCACAAACAAGUUAAAAAAUUGUUGGUUGUGGAUUUCACAGCCUCAUGGUGUGGUCCAUGCCGUAUGAUGGCACCGAUCUUUGCCGAAUUAGCUAAAAAGUUUCCCGAUGUUAUCUUCGUUAAGAUUGAUGUGGAUGAACUAAAAAGCAUUGCUGAGGAUUUCUCAGUGGAGGCAAUGCCAACAUUCAUGUUUCUUAAAGAUGGAGAAGUAGUGGACAGAAUUGUGGGUGCUUCCAAAGAUGCACUCCCCAAGAAAAUCGAGACUCAUAGGGGAUCUGCAUAAGCGUAGCACAAAUACAUAUUAAUGGCUUAUUUGUCUCUGCAGUGUCAUUCUAAGCAUGUUUAUGACUUAUAUCUAUGAUGUGAAGAAGACCAGUAAAUAUUAAAAGAUAUGUUUUAUAUGUAAAAUAUUUUGUUUCAACUGCCGUAAGUUAUAUCUUGUGGAAAAGAACAUUAGAUAAUUGGUAAUUGUAGUUUAAGGAGGGUUGGUUACCGUGUUUUGCUACAAAUAUGAUUUAGUAAUAAUAUUUGUAACGAGACUAUGGGAAUGAUCACCAUCAACUCACUGAAAAAAAUAAUGCUACAUCUGUC